UUGAAGCCAUGUCGUACGAAGUUCAUUGGAAAUGCGCCCCGUCACCGUCUCUGCGCAAAUGCGCUGUCAAGACUUAAGGUAGAACAAUAGUUUAGAAUUUAAAUAGCAGACGAAAACUGACCCUGUUUGUUAUUUUUGUCGUCUGCUGUCUUGUAGUUCGUGUCGUCUGCUUGUUUCUUGGUUUCCGAAAGAGUUUCACUGGAAAAACGCGUUUAGGUGUAGACUGGGUGAUACGACAGCAGUAUGCUGAUUCGACUGUAUGACGUAUGGUAGUCUGUGUAGGAGAAAAAGCUUUACCCUGUAAGGUCAACAGAAAGAAUCCGCGUACACCCCGUACACCAAUGCUACUCAGGAGCGUAACAUCAGGAGCAACUGCCUGAAAGUCUCUGCUUUCCUGCGUGGCUCACUUAUCCAACGUACGAUGUCGCGUACAAUGAAAUCACUAUGUUCGGUUUAUUUCUAGAAUAGGCAAACGAUGCUGCCUUUGUUGGACAAACAGUCAGGAGCCUGUUUCUGCCACAAGCCUCGGCCGCACAAUGAAAAGGCUGCAACCUAGUAUGUUGGCAGAUGAUUACCUAGGCAAAGAAAGAUGCAGCGAAAAGGGCCUGAAAGGUCGGAUCAACGAAUGACUCGGGACAGUUAGCUGAUUACGUCAUUACGUGCCCUUAGUCCACCAUCUCUGUGACCACUGCACCAGUCGCCAUCGCGCUGUGCUGCACGAACAGAAGACUAAGCAAGAACUAGCAAGACGAAACUAGUCGAAUUUUGUGUUAACGUAUAAGGCAAGACAGAUAGACAGAAACUGUGGAUCGUGUGUUCGAGUGUCAUAUAUAUUGCUGACGGCACUGUGUCAUCGAGACUUGCAUAUCCCUAUAGGUUGACCUGAAAUGGGUGACGCCUUGUCCUACAACUAGGAUGUGCAACGUCAUAACGAAGGCUCGAAAGAAAUGGGCGCUGUUUACGCUCGUAGUGACAUCGGCAGCCGUGCUAGAGACCGGCCGUGCUGUUAAUGCCUAUGGAUGCUUGUUUGAUGAAUCAGUAUGCUCAAACAUCGAAAUCUGCGCUGACGAUGGCGUGUUCGGCGUGUGCCGUGGACCAGGCGAUCCUCCCGAACGGUCGAGUCUGUCAAGCGGUACUACUUCGAUCCGACUUCUCGAGUCGGAGUUAGCCCGGCUUUGGUCCGAAGGCUAUCGUUGGCCUGAUGAGUACACACAGUGCGUGGUCAGACAGCUACUAGAAGGAGCUCGCCAGGGGGCGGCAGCGGCGCUUUACGACCCUGGAUACUGCGCUCACGCAUUGAAAUUAGCUCUACCAGCUAUUAAUGGUGACGUAACUCUUCAGCUAUCAAAUGUGGACCCUGCAGAUCAAGCUUUCAUACGUUUCACACCUAAUCUCCUCAUCGACGAUGGGUCCUCCGGUCGCCCCCGGCUGCGGCCUAACUACGAGAUCGCUGGCACGUUCGCCGAUGAGGUGUUCACACCGCCGCUGGUAUCGGCUACGCCCUCCGCUGAAGGCCACGACCCUGAGCGGGAGCUCAGGCGGCUUGAAGCGCUCACUAGCGUAGGUUUAAGUACCGGCGGAAAUGGCAUCAGCAGCAGCAUUAGUGACAAUAACGGAGCUAUCGGGAACGACUUUUUGCCACCGGAAGCUACGCGCAAGGGUCAAGACAAAGAUGAUGAUGGCAGCAAGUCGGGGAACAAAAGGACACGCGCGGCCAACGUAGACGAGAUUACUGACAGCAAAGAUGACCUUGAAGAGCAGGAAGAUAAUCGCUUUGCACGCGACGUUCAGGAAAACCUCUGGCGAGGCCGUAGCAGUUUAACUGAUGGGAUAUACAAGCACCAACAGUUGCGCAGUGACCAAAUAAUUGACGACGUUGAAGAUGAGGAGGGCAUCGUUGGGAACUUACCACAUCCUAUCGAGAAACGCAGUCGACCGAUCGGCGAAUGGAUAUGGUCUGACGACGAUCGGCACGCUGAUACGAAGGACCCGAAAACGGACAAUCUCGAGCUGUUGCUUAACUUGAUGCAGCAAUAUGAUCAAGAUCAAACGGAAAUUUCUGAGGAUGAUGAGCAGAAUCUAAAAGCAGAAGCAAUAUUCCGACGACGCAAUAAAGAAAACGAUUAUUCUUCAUUAGAAGACCCCGAGUCGAUAGCUUUGUCGUCAGCUGGAGAAAGCGAUCAGGAUGAACAGAAUAACGUGCCCAGCGAUCAGGAAACUCCUUUGGAUAUGUUAAUGUCAAGGGCACCAGAUAACUCCGAUUUAGUUGGAGAGUUACGAGUAAGAGGGGACCCUUUCAUUAGGCCAAUGAGGUUGGACACGAAAAAGCCUGGGCCGGGCUACUACUACCACGAACCUGAGGAGGGUCAAAAUGAAAGGGAGUAUCAAAAGGAAAUGCGUCGAUUACAGCAGAAGAUGCUCUCAGAGAAAAGUAUUGACGGGGAUGACCUCAUCGAAGCGCUCAACGAAAUCAACCAGAAUGGUCAGAAACGUGAAAUCGAAAUAGUUGGCGUUCCACCGAGUCGCGUACCUGAGCGACAUGCAGCUGGAGUCGCUCCUCUCGACCCGUACCAUACCGAUCGGGGAGUUGAGGCAAUCGAUGCUAAUACAGCCUAUCUUGUCGUCAAGAAUAUCAAUACUGGUUCGACUGUGAAAGAUAACGACGCCAUCCGUCUCGCCUUAGCUCUUGAGAAAAUAUUCGGUCUACCCACUGGCACUAUCUCACAGGUGCGCCUCAACGGCAGCCAAGUCGACUUCAAGCUCUUGCCCAAUGAGAAAGGACUGAACGCCUCCGAGAUGAUUCGUUUAGUUGGUGACAAGAACGGGGAAAUUCUCCGUGCAACAAAUCUGUCGAUUUCUUCUGGGGGCAUUGGCGAAAGAGUCAAGUAUGAGGUGAUAUCCCCCAGGUCUAAUGACCUCUUCCUUUUCACAUUCGUGGUUUGCGGUUCCGUGGUCGGCGUCCUGCUCGCGAUCUCUGUUAUUUACAUAGUCCGAAGGCACCAACUCAGCAGGGAUAAACUGCACGGCCUUAACGGCGAGGAUGACCCUCUUGCAAAGUUCGACUAUCAGGAUCUGUGUCGACAGCGGAUGGUCGAUUCAGGAAGUGGUAAGGAAGGCGCAUUAGCUGCAGCUAUGGAGGCUGGCAGAGCGCCGGACAAGGGUUCUCCCAAGAAAGUGAAGAUCGCCAGUCAACAGUCACACGAUAGCUCGCGUUCGUCGACAUCUUCGUGGAGCGAGGAACCGGUGGCUCCGAACAUGGAUAUCUCUACCGGUCACAUGAUCUUGUCGUACAUGGAGGAUCAUCUGAAGUCGAAAAAUCGCCUUGACGAAGAAUGGGAGGGUCUUUGCGCCUAUGAAACAGACCCCUCUUCGACUUCAAUAGCUGAAAAAUCGGAGAACGCAAAAAAAAAUAGAUACAUGCAUGCCUUACCCUAUGAUCAUGCGCGUGUAAUUUUGAGUGAGUCUUCCAACGCAGAAGAUUCUGACUAUAUCAACGCUUCAGCAAUCACCGAUCAUGACCCACGAAAUCCAGCCUAUAUCGCCACUCAGGGUCCACUGCCGCACACUGCAUCUGACUUCUGGCAGAUGGUGUGGGAGCAAGGUAGCGUAGUGAUUGUUACACUUACUCGACUAAUGGAGAAUGGUGUGGCAAUGUGCCACCGCUAUUGGCCUGAAGAAGGCUCCGAGGUGUACUCCCUGUAUGAGGUGCACCUUGUGUCCGAACACGUCUGGUGUGACGACUAUCUAGUGCGCAGCUUCUACCUCAAGAAUCUAAACACAUCGGAAACCCGUACGGUCACACAGUUCCACUUUUUGUCGUGGCCGGAAGCAGGAGUGCCACCUUCUGCUAAAGCGUUGCUUGACUUCCGCCGAAAAGUGAACAAAUCGUAUCGCGGACGUUCAUGCCCGAUCGUAGUCCAUUGCAGCGAUGGUUCAGGCCGCACUGGCACCUACAUCCUUGCCGAUAUGGUACUCAACCGCAUCGCCAAAGGCGCUAAAGAGAUUGAUGUAGCCGCUACCCUUGAACACGUCAGAGAUCAGCGUGCCAAUAUGGUUCGCACCAAAGCACAAUUCGAAUUCGUGCUAACGGCAAUUGCCGAAGAGGUGCACGCCAUUCUCAAGGCUCUUUCUAAAGAAUAAAAUGCUAAGCAUAUAUUAAAUACGUCUCUGACAUACGGCUGACUUAUUCGUCAGGCAACCUUGAGCAGUAGUUUGAGAUUAGAAGAUCAAUUAUUCUACUGAAGGAUAUUUAACGUCAUAGCUGCAAUACAACUGCAUAGAUUGACUACGAUCACUCAAGAUGUUUUAGGUUAACCGCUCCACACUGACCGUAGCAGAGUUGUGCUCAAUUAGACAGUAGCCAGAUGACAAGCCCUUUGACAAAUUAGCAUUGAAAACCUUUCUUUCUCAGCCGUUAUAAUAAGUUUACACUAUUAAUUUUUAUCGCAUUAACGCGAGCACUUCGUAUAUGCCCAAACUUAGUGAAAAUUCUCUCAAUUGUUGUACCCAAACUCGGAUUCAUAAUCAGACCAAAGACAGGACUUGAUCGGCACAUAUAUCUGUCGCGGCAAACGCAUGAUAAAUAAUGUGAAGUAAGGAAGACCUCUCAGAUACCUACUUGCUCCGAUGAAUGAACCAAUAAUGAACGAAUCAUUGCUUCAGUAUAUAAAUAAGCCCAGCGAAUCUUUAGAUAAAAUGGAUGUAAGUUCUGGCAAAAGGAACGAGACAUAGCUACGCAAUAUCCGCUUUUUUUUUUUAGAAAACAGCUAUCAUUACCACAAAUGACAAGACAACUAACUUUUUCAAACAUGAUUUUGUAAGACUUCUUAACGCAAUUAUAAAUUCAACCACGAACCCCUUGGUAGUCCGUAUUGUAUGCUGUUCACUGACACUGUUCCUAACACCGACCAAAGACGCAUUAAGUAGAUCAUUUACCCGAGCGGUGGCAAUGGUAGUAAAAGAACACGGAUUUGGUGAUGGGUCGGCCGUAGGGAAAAACGACAAUUGAAGGAAGAAGCGAAAAUAAGAUAAUCAUUGUUUCGUCUUACAAUAUUAUCAUCAUUAGUAAGAUGAUUAUUACGAUUAUCAUCACCAUAAACGUUGUUCUUCAUUACUUUGUAAUCAUUUUUGUUAGCAGACCCAUAGUUGCUUUGUUUCCUGGUACGCUGGGUAACCUAUGGUGGCAUCUUCUCAACUGACACCGGUUGCCAACCUAAAGGAUCGUUAAUGACUCGACGAAACAGUAGAAACAUCGACCCAGCUGCAUUCACUUGAAGGGCCUGCGAUACGGUUAAAGGAGUCAAGUUUAUUUGAAGAGAAAUUACGUAUGCUUUGCUGUGCAUUAAGCAGGAAAACGAAAGAAAAUGGAAAAAUAUAGACCGCCAAACUUGGCGAUAGAUAGACGUCGAUGAAACAAGCAACGAGUGUUAUUGACUAAGAGAAGAGAGAAGUAAGGAGAAACGGCGACUCAAUAAAAUGCGUAUAUGGGAAGGCGAGAAAGUGCGGGUCACUUUUGGAACAAAAGAGAAGGAUCAGGUAAAACAAAUAUGAUAUUUCGGAAAGGCUGCCUAGAGUGCAACAUGAUCAGGAUGAAGUUUUCACAAAUAAAGUAGAUAGGGAUAGUGGAUACAGAGACCGGUGAUAUCGACAUAGCUGAAUUGAAAAGCUGUCAAGAGAUCAAGAUGUGCAGGCAAAGAUUGAAUAAUUGGCAGAUAACGUAUCACGAAGAGGAAAACAGCGGUCAAAGUACCGAAUGGGAUAAACGGGAAGUUUAUCGACACGUCGAGACAUUAACAUUAACAAAGUGGGAAGUGAAAUGCAACUUAGAUGACAGGAUACGGCUAAAUGUUAGGAGUGUAUUACAACGAUCCGGUCCGUAGUGUUAAUUCUAACACUUACAGAACCUGCGUUGUAGGAAAAUCGAGGCUGUAGCAGACGGCACAAUAGAAGAUGUGAGGCAACACAAAACGGCAAAGUCCAAAAAAAGAAAGCUGCAAGAAGCCAGCGGGUCUUCGAAAAAAAAAUCCAUCAAAGCUUGCUUUAGGCACAGACAGUAAAGACAAUGAAUCAACGAAGGGCCUAAGAAUAACGAUGUUGCAUAAAGGUUGACCCGUCUUCUGACCAUAAGCUGGAAGUGGGGUUCUGGUAUGGAAACGACGGAUCGUCUGUAAAAUGCGUAUCAACAAAAAUAUACUAUUUACAAUGAGUAAAAUACCAGGGAUAAUUAUUAUCGGUCGACAACAGCAGACACAAGAUGUACAUGCCUUCACUUUACCACCACUGACGAAAGAGAAGCGCCUUACACUAAUCCAGCUUUCGUGAUCAUCCAGUAAGCGCAACUGUCUUCCCUGGUAUAAUCAUACUAAAAAUCAUAUGACUUUGGAUAUAGGCCAUAUUUGUCCUAUUAUCAAAAAACAACAAAAGAGUAGUUCAUACGAAGCGUAUUAAAUUUGGUGGAUAGAAGCGAUUAAAGCGGCUGUGUUGCAUCCGUUAAAUGUCUCCUAGAUUCUAACCAAAGACUUAGAAAAAAAAACAAAAAGACGAAACAAUGAAACUGGCCAAUUAUUUUCUUCGCGAAUAUGUAUAUUUUUCUAUUUCUACGUUGCUCUGUAGGGUGAAAAAUGGCUUGGCGCAUCUUAAA